AUGAGUUCUCGCUACUUGGAGUCGCAUCUUAGGAAUAUCUUCCAAAAGGCAUCUCUCCAGGAUAGCUUUGAUAUUAACGACUCAAAGCACAGGAGGGAGAUUCAAAAGCUUGUCAACGUUUCAGCAUAUCCGCAAGUUUCCCUAUGCAUGUACACAAAUGGAAAACUGAUCAAACGAACAUUCUACUCCAACGGAUCGAUACAGCCAACGACAUCUGAACAGGCAGGUGCCGUCAGCCAUGAACACUCCACACCCGUCCCUGAGCCGGAAGCGCCGUCGAGGGAGUCGAAGUGCCUGUUUGCUAUCGGUUCCUAUUCCAAGAUCUUCGUCGAUAUUAUUUACAUUCGACUCUUUGAAAAUGGUACAAUGAAAAAGCUGGGAAUCGCUUGGACGGAUAGCGCGAUUGCCACGUUCAACGAGCUUCGUCGAAGGAACAACAAACCCGGUAUGAAAAUGCCGUCCAGGAACCCUAGCAUUGAACAGUUGCUACUUCAUUGGGAUGCCUUUGCGCCCAUGGAUGCAUCUUUCAUUGCUCCUGAUGAAACUUUUCUUGGAACCAAGCAACAGUUCAUUAAAAUAGCUCCGCGAAUGACAGAUGAAUAUUUUCAGAAGAACGAUAAUAAGCAUUAUCUCUACUCCAAUGCAAAUCACAUUUUCGCGGUGAUGCUUCUUGAAGAGCUCCUCCGAAAGCCAUUCUUCGAGAUUGCGCAGGAAUAUCUAUUCGGCCCAAUGGGAAUGACACAUACGGCGGCGGAUCAAAAAUCCCUGGAGAGGCUGAGAUCGGAAAGAGCAGAGAUUUUAGAAGGCUACCGGAUCCGAGCAGACAUGAGCUCCUCACCUCGUCCACAGGGACACAAUUAUCUGUCUGACGGAGUCGAAGUCGCGUCUAUGGGAGCAUGGAGCUGUGUUGACGAUCUGGCCAAGCUCCUCCAGGGCCUUCUGGAUGCCUACAACGGUCAUAAAUCCUCAUUUACAAAAGCAGAGGCGGACCUGUUCUUUUCUCCUGCCGCGGGCGAAGAUGAACCAGAGACUUCUCCAGCAGGAAUUUACUGUCCCCUGGACUCUGAGUUUGCCGGGGCACAAUCAUUAAGUCGCAGUCUCCAAUCAACCAGCUCGUACACUCUAGGAACGCACAAAGGGAAAUCGAAGUAUGUGCAUUAUAAAGGUGGAACGGUUGACGGUUUUACAAGCACCGUCUACAUCUCACACCUGGACAAUACCUUUGUCAUUGUGCUUGGGAAUGGGGCAGGGCCGGUGGAUGUCACUAGUCAUAUCGCGAGUUACAUAUUGGAAAAAGUCUUUGCACUAUAUCCCGAAGCCGCCAUUUACGACCAUGUCGAACAAGAACGGGAGCGCAAUUGCAACAGAAUUCGAGCCUUUGAAGACAUGGACAAUAUGGAAACGGCCACCUGGUCCAACGACAUGACAAGAUUUGCCGGGAGAUACGUCUGCCACCAGGACCUACAGAAAAUCGAGAUCUACGAGGACGGUGGGGCCAUCCUGCGCGUGCAAGAUAAAUGUUCUGGGAGGAUGGUGGUCGGUGCCUCUGAAUCUAAAAUUCGGUUAUUUCCCGGAGAUGACGGUUUUGGACUUGACCGGUGGUCCGUGUGGGAAGAUCUCUCGUUUUCUGAAGAAGAGCGGAGUGGCAUAAAUGUUCUGGUUUCUGGUGAUGGACGAGUAUUUUACGUAGAGUAG